AGGGAGGAUGCUCAGAGCGAACCCAACCUUCCCAGACAGCAGUAUGAAGUGACAGUCCGUGCGUUGUUCUCUCUGCUCUGGAUGCUCUCUGGGAUGUAUUUUGGAAAGGGGGGUCGGGCAGUAGCGACCCACCAGCAUCAGCGCCACUGAGCCUGACAUGAAUGACAAGUAAAAGAGCUCUUUCAAGCGAGCAAACAGCACAGGAAUGUGCUUAAGUCUGCUGGUCUGCUCCUCAAAGCGACAUUUUGGACCUACCUCGGUUUGUUUGUAAACACCCAGCAGAGAAGAAUCAAGAGAGAUUAGAUUUCUGAAUUUUAUCUAUUUUCUAUUUUUCUUUCCUUCUUUCUUCUUUCUCCAAAUUUAAGAGGAGGGAGUGACGUUUGCUGGGAGUGUUUUUUUUUCUUUUGUGAAGCGUGAACAAGACAAACUUCUACCAUGGCACUGGUUAUGGAGCCCGUGAGCAAGUGGAGCUCCAGUCAAGUGGUGGACUGGAUGAAAGGGCUGGAUGACUGUCUGCAGCAGUACAUAAAGACCUUCGAGAGGGAGAAAGUAGGGGGGGACCAGCUGCUGCGGAUCACCCACCAGGAGCUGGAGGAUUUGGGAGUGUCCAGGAUUGGCCACCAGGAGCUCAUACUGGAAGCUGUGGAUUUACUGUGUGCUCUGAAUUACGGGCUGGAGACUGAGAAUCUGAAGACUCUCUCUCACAAGCUCAAUGCAUCAGCCAAGAACCUGCAAAACUUCAUCACAGGCAGGCGGCGCAGUGGACAUUACGACGGCAGAGCCACCCGCAAGCUGCCCAACGACUUUCUAACGUCUGUGGUGGACCUGAUCGCUGCAGCCAAAAGCCUUUUAGCUUGGCUAGAUAGGUGCUCUUUCUUUUUUAGGUCUCCAUUUGCUGCAGUGGCAGAUUACUCUGUGACCAGAAACAAUGUGAUCCAGUUGUGUCUUGAACUCACCACUAUUGUACAACAGGACUGCUCUGUGUAUGAAACAGAAAACAAAAUCCUAAAUGUGUGUAAAACUCUGUCUGGAGUUUGCGACCACAUCAUCUCCCUGUCAUCUGAUCCGAUGGUGUCCCAGGCUGCUCAUCUGGAGGUUGUGCAGCUGGCCAACAUCAAAUCCACAGAGGGACUGGGAAUGUAUAUCAAAUCAACAUAUGAUGGUUUGCAUGUAAUCACUGGGACAACAGAAGGAUCCCUGGCUGACCGCUGCAAGAAAAUUCAUGCUGGAGAUGAAGUCAUUCAGGUCAAUCAUCAAACAGUGGUGGGCUGGCAGCUGAAGAACUUGGUGAACUUAUUGCGUGGCGACCCUGCAGGUGUCACCCUGACGCUGAAGAAACGCCCUCAGAGCACGCUCACCUCCACUCCUGCUCUGCUCAAGAACAUGAGAUGGAAACCACUGGCUCUGCAACCAAUCUUCCCUCAGAGCCCCAGCAGCAGUGUGGCCACGCCCACCAGUACGUUAAGCACUCCAUCCAGGAGGAGUAGCUGUGCCCUGCAGGACCUCUACAUCCCCCCUCCUCCUGCAGAACCCUACACCCCCAGAGAUGACAAGGGAAGCCUGCCAGGUGAUGAUACUCAAUCGGAUGUCCAUGUGGCUGAGGGAUCUGAGUCACCAAACUCCUACCUGGAUCAGGAAUGUCGGGGGAGUUUCCCUCUGGUGGAGGAAGACACCAUACUUUACUGCUACGAGUAUGACCAGAACCAGGAGGUGUCAUCAGUCCGCAGAGGGAGCACCCCCACCUAUGGCAGGCUCAGGCCCAUCUCAAUGCCGGUGGAAUACAAUUGGGUGGGAGACAAUGAAGACCUGGCCAAGCUGAAGAGAGAGAGCAGGAGAGAGAAUUCCCUGCUCCGUUUCGCCAGUGAAGAUAAAGCCCCGGGGGAGGACUUCCUGCUGGGACGCAGUCUGAGUCAGAACAGGAGGAAGCCUGAGAGAGGAGCCAGCCCCACCCACUACACACUGGUCCCUGCUCUGCAGAUGGAAGUCCCUCUGUCCACGUCCAGCUCGGACUCAGCCUCCCUCUACCACGUGUUUGAAAGAUCCUCCCUGCUGUCCCGGUCAAAGAAGAAGAGUAAAGCUGGCAGUCCCCUGUCGUCAAUCAGCAAGAGGAGGAUUUCCUGCAGGGACCUGGGCCAGGGUGACUGUGAGGGCUGGCUGUGGAAGAAAAAAGAUGCUAAAACUUAUUUCUCACAGAAGUGGAAGAAGUACUGGUUCAUUCUGAAAGACACGUGCCUGUAUUGGUACAUGAAUGAGGAGGAUGAGAAGGCAGAGGGUUUUGUCAGCCUCCCAGAAUUUAAGAUUGAUCGUGCCACUGAAUGCAGAAGGAAAUAUGCUUUCAAGGCUUGCCAUCCGAAGAUAAAGACCUUCUACUUUGCCGCGGAAAAUGUAGACGACAUGUCCCGGUGGCUGAGUCGUCUCAGUAUGGCUGUAGCAGGAUACUCGGAGCAGGAGAAAUUUUGCCACGACCAAGAUUACUGGAGUGAGAGUGAUCAUGAAGACAUAGAGAUGCCCUCGAUGCCUAAACAGGACAGUCCCCCACCACCUUAUGACACCUUUCCAAGAGCAUCCUCAGUGAGUCCCUACCUGGAACCGAAGCGUGGCCAUCUCUCCUCCUCCGACACAUUCCAGUCCCGCUCCUCUUAUGAUGACUUCCACUCUGAGCCUCUGGACGGCAGCAACAACGGCAUCUCCCCCGGGCAGAAGUCGAGCAACCACAGAAACUCCUGGCAGGACAAGAUGGAGAGCAACGCCCAGAUGCACUACCUGCAGACGUUUCCUGUAGAGGACAGCCUGCUCUCUGAGGACAGGGACCAGCUUGUGAUGGAGUACCGUAGACAGUCCACCCUGCCGGCGCAGCGCAGCCUGCUGCAGGAGCAGUACAGAGCCCUACCUCUGCCGCUCAGGGCCAGCAUUGACUCAGAUGCUGGAGGGAAACCCCGCAGCUUUACGCUACCAAGAGACAGUGGGCUCCACGCCAUCCUGGCCGCCACUGCCCAGGUGUCUGAUCAGAGGGAGCCUGAACACUACCAACUGGAGCGACACAGGGACACCGGCCGUAGACGGGAAUGCAGGAUGCAGGCGGACUCUCUUGGAGAUCUGUACCGGGCUCUGGAGCAGACUAGUCUGUCCACCUCAGCUGACCACAGAUCAGCCAGCCGCCUUGAGUACAAACGCUCAUUUGUCCGCAGAGUCAACGACCCACUGCUCAAUGACAAGCUUCAUCGCCUUCGGGUCCUCAAUAGCUCACUCAAGAAUGUCCCUCUUCAAGAUACACACCGCUCUUUGGGUUAUUUAGGGUGAAGAUCAGUGUGUUGAUUCAACCUCAAACAUAAUGCCUCUGCCUGUGCCUCACACAGCUGACGUCCCUCUGCUGGAGAUAAAAGGCACAAAAAAACAUCUUUCCCCUGCUCGGCUCCACAAAUCAUUUCCUUUUUUCACUCCCUCAGCCUCUCACAUCGUUCAGGAGCAUAAAGACUUAUUCUCCCCCUG